UGAUGCGCUGUCCCCAAAGCCAGAUUAUCCACCUGGCCCGUGGCGCUCAGCACCUGUAAGCCGGGUAUCUCGACGCUAAUAGGGGCUCAUCCUCCGGCUGUCAUCAAAGCCUCGCGUAGCUGAGGUGCGCUGCUGCAGAUCGCCCUCCGAAACGAGCUUUGCUGUGGUUUUUUACAGCGCUGCAUUCGCGUGUCUAAACGCUCGGUCGGUAGAUGGCUUCAGGAGGCCCCUCUGCAGAGUCGAUCUGGCGGUCGUGCGUGGAAUAAAACCCGUUUAGUUGUCAGCCAGAAGUCAGCGCACGUAGGAAUAGACGUGAAUUGGUCAUUGUGACCGUCAGGAAGCGCGGCGGUUCCUAGCCAGCCAGGCUUUUUCCCCGGCGCUAGCAGGCUGCAGUAGCCACUGGAAGGGCCUCAUCUAAAAUGUCCUUUUCUCAGGAACAGGAUGAGCCAGGGAGACUCGAAUCCGGCUGCAGUUCCACAUGCCGCUGAAGAUAUUCAGGGAGAUGACCGGUGGAUGUCGCAGCACAAUAGGUUUGUCUUGGACUGCAAAGACAAGGAGCCCGACGUGCUCUUCGUGGGUGACUCCAUGGUGCAGUUGCUACAGCAGUAUGAGAUAUGGCGAGAGCUCUUCUCACCACUUCAUGCGUUGAAUUUUGGGAUUGGUGGAGACACCACAGGGCACGUUCUGUGGAGACUGAAGAACGGCGAACUGGAGAACAUUAAACCGAAGGUCAUCGUGGUUUGGGUUGGAACAAACAAUCAUGAAAACACAGCAGAAGAAGUAGCAGGUGGAAUCGAGGCUAUCGUGCGCCUGAUAAACACCCAGCAGCCACAGGCCAAAGUGAUCGUGCUGGGCCUGCUACCUCGCGGAGAGAGGCCAAACCCGCUGCGGCAGAAGAAUGCCAAGGUGAAUCAUCUGCUAAAAGCCUCGCUCCCCAAACUGCCCAACGUCCAGCUUCUGGAUGUGGACGUCGGCUUCGUGCACUCAGAUGGCACCAUCUCGUACCACGACAUGUUUGAUUUCCUGCACCUGACGGGAGGGGGCUACGCAAAGAUCUGCAAACCCCUCCAUGAACUGAUCAUGCAGCUGCUGGAGGAGACCCCCGAGGAGAAACGAGCUGCCCUGGCCUGAGUAGCUGAUGUCAGCAUUAACAGCAUCACCCAGCCCAUCAGAUCAGUUCUGUCACUGGCACUACAGAAUCCUUCUUUCUUAAAGCACUUUCCAUUGUAGAAUGUUACCGGAUGUUCGUACCUAGUGUUUUGAGAGGGAAGGCUAAUGUUUAACUGGUCUUGUACGUGUAAGGGCCAGCUUGGUUGGUUUUACUGCAGGAGGAAAUUAGCUGAAGAAGAGUUUUACUUUUAAACCAUUCCUCAUUUAAACCGAGAACAGGGCUGUCACUCUGUGCCCCUCUCAUGUCUUGUUGCUCUGUGGUUGUCCUAGAACCCCUGUAGCCUGUCUCCGACAGCCCGCGCACAGCUCCCGGCUCACCGCUCCUGGCUGUAGGGAUUGUGCUCUGUGUAUUAGCCUGUGAACAAGAAUCACAUUCCACUU